AUGAGUAGUAUAGUAUCUAAGCCAAUUUUUAAGUUGUUACGUACGACUAAAACAUCAACAGACGAUUCAACUGUACGACAUACGCUGGAAUUCACAGUAACACGAACAGAGUUGGGAGGCGAGCUGAUGUGCAACGUGUCCUCUGUAGCGCUGGAUAGACCGAUCUUAAAACGAGUGAAACUUGAUGUUAAAGUUCCACCUAACAGGAUCGUCAUUUCGGGUGUGGGGGAUCACGCGACGCAGGGUACACUCCUAACCCUCAUGUGCGAAGUAUCCGGUGCAAGACCAGCAGCAACCAUCGAAUGGUAUAACGGUACACAGAAAAUUACUCCUGAAGAUCAGAAUAUUUACCAAAAGAUUGUUGAAGCGAACGAUACGACAUUUGAAACAAAAUCAAAUCUGACUUUCGAAGCGACAAGAUACGAAAAUGGAAGGAAAUUCAUCUGUCAAGCUGUCAAUGAAGUCAUGGUGACCACUAAUGAGCAUCCCAUACAUGCCACUAAGGAAUUGGAGGUUUGGUAUCCACCAAUAGUUCACUUAGGUCCACCAAACAUCACAGUGAUAGAAGGCUCGAAGAUUCUUCUCAAAAGCGAAUACGUUAGCAACCCAUCGUCCUUGACUGAAGUAAUUUGGUAUCGCAACGGAACUAGAAUCAAUGUCAACAACUCGCACUAUCAAGGCGGUACAAGUGAACAGCACGUCCUUAUCAUUUUAGAUGCUAAUGAGGACGAUAAUGGCUAUUUUUAUACUGUCAGCAUGGCCAACAAUGUAGGGAACGGGACCACGAAUGAAAGUAUAUACGUGAAUGUUCUAUUCAAGCCACAAGUUCGUCUCACAAUGAGCUCUCCAAGCCCAAUUCUUGAGACUGAUCACAAAAACGUAACCCUCACGUGUGAGGUAGUGAAGGGGAAUCCCCCGGUUCUAGAUGAAGUUAUUUGGUACCUCGAUGGAGAAAUAUUAAAACAUCUGCCAGAAUGUAAUGGGACUGAUGAUAAUUUGUGUAACGAAGUGGAUCCAUCGAUGCUGUUACUGCAAGACACUACUAAGAGUUUUCACGGGAACUACUCGUGUAAGGGCAAGAACUACGCGGGUUGGGGCAAUGAGAGUGAAAAGACUGAAUUAGUGGUUAAUUAUCCGCCCGGACCGGCGAAACUAACUUAUUCCCCGUGGAGAGUUAUAAAGGGGAAGUCCCUCGUGCUGACCUGCACUAUAGAGGAGAAAGGAAGGCCAGAAGCUCACAGAUACCGCUGGCACCGCGGCGGGCGCGUGGUGUCGGACGUGGUGUCGCGCGAGUGGACGCUAGACCCGGUGGGGCUCGACCACCGCGCCGCCUUCGCGUGCCGCGGCGUCGGCGGCGGCGGCGAGGGCGCGCCCGGCGUCGUCGAUGUCGACGUGCUCGCUCCACCAAGCUUUAAGUACGCGAUGAAUCACUACAGCGGGGCUUUAUACAAAUCUCAGAACAUCUCGCUGUCGUGCACGGUGGAGUGCGCGCCGCUGUGCUCGGUGGAGUGGCUGAAGGACGGCGAGCGCAUCGACCCCGCGCGGACGCGCAAGUACUACGUGGUGGAGCGCCGCAUCGAGCCGCAGGGCAACCGGAACGAUUUCGAGGCGACCGAGUCCACCUUGCACUGGAACAUGUCUGCGUGGGCCGGCGGCGUGCUGUCGCGCGGCGACGCGGCGCGCUACACGUGCCGCUCGUCGCGCAACGCCGCCGGCCCCCCUGUCGCCAGCACCACCAACUUCGCUGUCGAAUAUGAACCAGAAAACAUCACGGUGACGCCAGCCGUCGUGUCAGUCAUAGAAAAUGAAAUCCCGGCCAAAGUCGUGUGCUCUGCCAACGGGUUCCCAAUGCCGAGCUACACGUGGCGGCGCGUUCCCGCGUCGAAGAGCGCAGCGCGGGAACACGGGAACGCGUCGCUGGUGCUGUCGUCCGGGAACGCGUUACUGUUACCGGCGGCGGCGCGGCGCCACGCCGGCGCCUACGCGUGCGAGGCGUACAACCGGCACGGCGCCGUCAACACCACCUUCAUACUGGACGUCAUGUUUAUACCUGAAUGUGGGAUAAAGCAAGUAGAAAUUAAAGGCGAGCAAGUGUUGGUGUGCACCGCGCACGCGAACCCUUCUGAGGUGUCAUUCUCGUGGAAAUUGAAAAACGACAAUGACAGUUUGACAGACGAACAGAUUUGGCAAAAUGGCGCCCAAAGUUUCCUCAAACUGAGUUCGAGUGUGGACGUUUACAGAACUUACCUGUGCUUCGCGAACAACAGUGUCGGAAUGUCGCGCGCGUGUGAGAGAGAUGUUAUGGCCAAUUUGGAAAGCUACAGCAACAAGGUAUGGUGGAGAGACCAGCAGAAGCUGAUCCUCAUCGGCGCCAUUUCGCUCGCAGUGCUCGUGUUGUGCGUCGUACUGUGUCUGCUCAUAGUGUGCGUCUGUCGGCGGAUGAGGGCCAAAGCCAAAUAUAACAAUCCAGUCGAACUUGAAGAGCGAGAGAAGUUCCUAACCGCUCUAACACCAGAUGUAUUGAGACUGACAACAAUUAAUACUUCAGCUCAAUCUAUAAUAUCCCAAGCUUUACCCGCUUUAUCACCGCGUUUAAAUUUAACAUUUAGUCCAAAAUCAUCUGAUAGAACUAGAUUAGUCGAUUCACAAAAUGCACAUAACCUAGAAAUGACUUUAAAAGAAUCUAACAGUAAUAUGGAAGUUACAAACGAAAUUGAAAAGCAAGAAACACCGAAAUGUGAUAAAAAAGAUUCAGAUAAAGUUCAAACAGUAGUAACACCAAGUAAAUGGCCGCUAAAACCUGGAGUAUUAGUGCACGUUAAUUCUAAUCACACUUUGAGUCCAAAAAAUCAAGCAAAAUUACAAAAUAGAACUCAAAACGUUACUGAAGAAAGUAAUUUGGGAUUGCUAGAAAGAUCUAGAAACGUUGAGGAAAACAAAGUAACGCCUAAAAGUGAAUAUUCGAAAAAAACUGGAAAACCAAGAAAACAUACACAAGUUGUAUCGGGAAUUCUGAAAAAUCUCAGACGAAAAAGUGAUUCAUCAGAUGAUGAUAGUGGAAAAUAUAAGAAGAUAAAUAAAUCUAAUAAGAGAGCUGUGUCAUUAGUUUUGAAUAAAAAUUAUGGACCCAAAAGACGGAUACGGUCGUUUUUCUCAAGUGAAUCGCCAAACGUGAUAGUGACUGAAGGAGUUGUGUCGUUUAAAAGGCCUGAUAGAAUUUGCACAACGAAUGGUAAUGAAUUGACGACAGACUCGUCGAGAAAUACAAGAAAGAGAAAAAAACCCGGCGACAGCCCACCUACGAAUGGCGUAGAUAGUGCAGCAAACGGCACUCUCGCAGACAACGGCCUGUACGAGAAUCUGCCGUUCCACGGUCUGCAACAACCUCCUAAUAAGCCUGUACAAGCGAUUCAGCCUAGGAUUGUAGAGACUAACCAAAAAACUGCUAAAGGCAUUGAGGCCUUACAAAAACAAUUGACAACAAACCCAUCAUUUACACCGAGGGUUGUAUGUCCACCUUUCGUACAAAAUGCUGUAAACUAUCCAGUAGCUAAUUCGAGUACAAAUUAUCAAACAUACGGAAUACCGGUUUUAUCACCGAUACAACAAAUGUACCCUCUACAUCAAACUGUGCUAUUGAAUCCCUAUUUGCCCCAAGUACCGUUUUUGAAGCAAUUUCCGACUAUAGAUGAAGAAAUAGUUGAUUCAAAAAAAUUUAGUUCUUUAAAUACUAGAAAUGUAAAGACAAAGCCAAAAUUUCAGUCUAUGAGAAUUGUUAGAAAAAGAAACAUAGAACGAUUCUAUCCUAAUACGGAAUAUGGAGAAAAUUUCAAUGAAAUUAACAAUAACACCAAAAAUACUACGGAUUCUGAUGACGUUAUCGAUUCAGAGGACAAUAUUUAUGAAAAUUUCCCGUCAUUGCUUAGAAUCAAAUCGAAUGUGAGUGGCGUUGAGCAUUUUGAAAAUCUAACAGAUUCUAUACAAGUCUGUGAAGAAAGUAACGAAAGUAUAAAUGUUUCAAAGACUUCACUAAAUAGACCAGUGCCGGCGCCGAGAACUAAGCUAACGCCGUUAAACUCUCCAUCGAAAUCUGAUCAUAUUUAUAUUAAUUUAUCCAUGCCACUAAUAAGUUCCCGUUAUACUAAAUCAGUAGAUGUAGUCGAUGGUCCAAUAAGAUCAUCGAAAUCUGAAGAAAAUGUUUCGAAACCUAUAAUCCAAAGAAAUGAAACCAAAUAUAUGUUAACUAUACCAAAAAGAACUACGAGUCUCAAAAAUAUAGCUGACAAUAACGAUAAUUAUUCUGAAAAUGAUGAUGUUGACCGAGACAACGAUGUUAACGAAGAUAGAAAUACAAAACCAAACAUCAUAGGAGCAACGCCUAAAAGGACGUCCAUUACUUUACCAUCGACAUCCUUAGUUAGAUCUGUAGUAAAUCAACUGAACGAUCAAGGUAUUAACAAAGUAACUUUGCCAAAAAAGCAAGUUAUUUUACCAAAUAAAACCCUUCAAAUACCAAAAUUAUCAGAAAAACCUAUACCAAAAAGAAAUUUAGUUCAACGUAGCAAUUCUGUACAAAUAAAUUUACCUAAAAACGGUGAAAUCGCUCAGAGUACUAAUAUACAGCAGCAAUACCUCCAAAGAAACUUUACGAAUAUGUCCAAAGGAAAAAAUAAGAAAAACUUCCAAAUUCCACUGCAAAAACACCACAGCUUCUGUUAUUUCCAACCGAUCCGAGUAGAUAAAAGAAUUCCCGUGAACCAAGAGACGUAUAACAACACAAUAGGUCCAAUAUACCAGCCAGAAACACAAUAUUACGCGAAAACUCUAAACCGUACAAAAGAUAAAAGUCAAAAAUUAAACAGAUUAAAAAAAUCCGAAAGUCUCCGCGAAAAAUUAUCUUGUGUGGGAAUAUAUGAUAAUUAUGAAAAACCCAACUACCCCGAGCCAGACUACAGUAACGACAGGAAAAACUACUUGCAAUUUUUAAAAGGCAACUACAUAUCAAACUCAACUAGAAACUUAAGCCCAGAAUACAGUUAUAAUACAAAUUUUAAUACGCUCUGCAAAGACGAUAGGCCUAAAAAUAAAAAAUUAGUAUACGCAGACUUAGCGUUAGGUAAUCAUAAUUUAAAAUUUAAGAAUACAGUCAAUUCUAAUAAGCAUUUAUACACUAUAGGUAAUGUAGAGUCUAAAGAAAGUAAUAGUAGCUACAAAAGUAAUCCUUUUAGACCAGAAGAUCAGUUUAUAUACGCGGACGCCGACAUGAAGGACUACGGGCCCAUCAACUACAAAGCAGCGUCGAUUUAUGCGCAAAUGAAAAAAGUCAAGAACCAACAAAAAUUACAGGAAAUUUACGAAAAAGAACACCCCGACGAGGAUAUGUUG